AUGUUUGCAUAUUCACCCGUAGAAACAGAAAAUAUCUUUUACAACCCAAAAUAUUCCUUCAACAAUAAUGGAGUACCUACAAAUCAACCUCCCCCCUCUACUACCUGUGGUGGUAAUCACCAUCAUAUGUUAUCCUUGAUACCUGACUCACAAGAGAGAGAGCAACAGAGAAAAAACUUGGAGCAAUUUCAUGAAGCGACCAUCAAACGUAUUCAAUUAAAACAAGAAUUACAACGUCGUCAUCAGCUUUGUGCGGAAAACGAACGUUUGCGAAGGGAGAGGACGGAGAGACAAAAUGCCCAAAAGAAGGUGGAGAAAUGUAACGCUCUAAGGAAAUUUUACGAACAGAAAGCGGCUCAACGAUGCAACAUGAAUUCUUCAAAGUAUUCUUCAAAGUCAAGGACUUCUUCAAUCAAGCAAUUUCAAGCGGCAUUCAAAAUCUAUUCAUUCAUCAAGCAUAACAUAGAAAAAAGAAAAACCCAAAAGAUCUUGGCCACCCUCAUCAAGCUUCGCUCCGUACAGAAUCGCCUGUCGGUGUUAAAAUCCAUCAACCUAAAAUUAGGCACCCUCACAUUUGAUUUAAUUAAUAAAAGCAAAGUGUUGCCAACUUCUGCAAAUAAUAAAGCAUUUUUAAUUUAUAAAGAUUCCAUAUUAAAAGUUCUUGAUCAGUUAGACAAUGAAUUCACUGACGAAUUCUACCUAAUACGAGAACGUAAGAAAAUCAUUAAAGAUAUUGCCAAUAAUAUGUUACAAGAAUUAGAUCGUGAACGUGAUUCACAGUACGAGACUUUUGUUGGCCAAAAAGAAUUCGUCGAUGACGACUUUGUAAUUAUAAAUAGAAAUUAA